UAAAAAUAUUUUAUACUCAUGUGAAAACGAAAUUCUUACUAAAAUCUGUAACUAAUGAGUUAAAAAUGGAUUUAUUUAAUAGAAUAUAUUGUGUUCUAUUUACUAUAGCAACAGUUCUAUCACUUACGUACAGCAUUGAGAUACCUGAAGAGUUCCAGAAGUCGAACCAUUCGAACAACUGGGCUGUACUAGUGGAUACAUCUCGGUUUUGGUUUAAUUACCGACAUGUAGCGAAUGUAUUAUCAAUUUAUCGUAGCGUGAAGCGGCUUGGUAUCCCGGACAGUCAGAUAAUUCUGAUGAUAUCCGACGACAUGGCUUGUAAUCCUCGGAAUCCGCGUCCUGCUACAAUAUUCAAUAAUGCUCACGAACAAAUCAAUGUGUAUGGAGAUGAUGUUGAAGUAGAUUACAGGGGUUAUGAGGUUUCAGUAGAGAACUUUGUACGUCUACUUACUGGCCGAGUACCUCCAGACACUCCACGCUCCAAGAGGCUCCUUACUGAUGAAGGAAGCAACAUAUUAAUCUACCUCACAGGCCAUGGAGGUGAUGGCUUUCUCAAGUUCCAAGAUUCAGAGGAAAUCACUAGCCAGGAGCUGGCUGAUGCUUUAGAACAAAUGUGGGAGAAGAGAAGAUACAAUGAGAUAUUUUUCAUUAUAGACACAUGCCAGGCGUCUUCAAUGUACGAGAAAUUUUAUUCUCCAAACAUAUUAGCUACUGCUUCAAGUUUAGUUGGUGAAGAUUCUCUUUCUCACCAUGUGGAUUCAGCAAUUGGUGUGUACAUCAUCGAUAGGUACACUUACUAUGUACUGGAAUUCUUGGAAAAUGUUCAUCCCAACAGCAAAAGGACUAUGUCUGAAUUUCUGGCAGUCUGUCCAAAGAGCGCAUGUUUGUCAACUGUUGGAGUAAGACGAGACUUGUUCAAACGAGACCCUGAUAAGGUGCCAAUCACCGACUUCUUUGGUUCAGUGCGACCUGUGAUCAUCACAACAGAUCCUAUUGAUAUAUUGGAUACUCCCAAAAGAAAGAAGAAGCCUGAGAACAAAACUAAAUCACCUGUGAAACGGGAAUAUCUACCACAAUUUCCAGUACAUCUAGUCUCCAAUACAAAAACCGGCUAAUUAAGUCAGUAUUGUUAAUUUUACAUAUUUAUUUGAAAUUACACAAAUAUAGUACAUAACUUUUA